AGUUCCCGACCCAAUCCAGUUACCAUCAUGAUGUCGCAACCAUCCAAGUUCCCAGUCUAUCUGCUCCUCAUCGCUAUUUCCGUGGGAUGUAGUCUAUCCUACGAUGUGCCCAAGGCCACCGUCAAGGUCAAUUCACCGAAGGGCUUUGAGGUCUCCAUUCCCAACGAACCCGGUAUUUCGCUGUUCGCCUUUCACGGCAAAGUCAACGAGGAGAUGGAUGAUCUGAGCGAUCAGACUUGGGCGGCCGAUAUAGUGAGUUCCCGAAACGGACGUUGGACCUAUCGCAACCGGAACCAGAAACUUAAACCCGGAGAUGUUCUGUACUAUUGGACAACUGCGCGGUACCAUGGAGUCGACUACCACAACUACAACCAGGUUCAUAGGGUCGGCCAGGGGGAUUCCCAGAGAAUUGAUGUGAACGGUUCCAAUGGUGGUCGCCAACCUGUAGUCGCCAACGGCCACAACACCAUCAAUAUAUUUGUACAAUAAAUGAUACGAAACUACAAA